AUGCCUUGGUCACUUUCUUCCUACACACACAUUCCUGCUCCCUGGGAUGGUUUGGCCUGCGAGUCCAUCAUGCGGAUGUUGCCAGCCGCCUUGCUGUCCAUCAGCGGAGACAGCGGAGACAUCGGAGAUGACGGGGGCAGCGGAGACAUCGGAUUUGACGGGGGCAGCGGAGACAUCGGAGAUGACGGGGGCAGCGGAGACAUCGGAGAUGACGGGGGCAGCGGAGACAUCGGAGAUGACGGGGGCAGCGUGUCAGAGCUCAUAGGAACCGAGCCCGAGUCAGACAAAGGCCUAUCAGGAUGA